AUGGAUAAGUCUCUCACGCCAGUCUCGAGAAGAAGUAAGUCAUCAUCUCCAAACUCCCUUUCAGAGUCCAGCUCGUCUAAUGAAUCAAACUUGCGACGCCCAAGACGGUCUGCAUCCAUAAAUGUGGAUUACAACUUGAAGAAGAGGCGGAUUAUUCCCGGAGAUGAUUAUCUAGUCAAGAAAAAAGACCCCAAACAAGAAAUUGGAGGAGCUGAGGCAUCAGAGAUAGUCAAAGAGCAGAAAGACGUGCUAGAACAUACCCCUAAUGGCGAAAUUCACUUUAAUGAACCGCGAAUUACAGAUCCGGUCAAUGGAAUGACUGGCCUGCCACUUAGUAUGGGACCUCCUGAAAAAGUUAAGAAAGAGUCACUGUGGAAUUAUAGAAAGAAUCAGAAUGGUAGCACUACUACAGCCCGGGAGAUCGAUACGGAAGAAAGCGCAGAGAAGUCAUAUCAGCAGAAUCUUCUGACAGAGGAGUCUGAUCAUCUGACGUCAAUGAGUGAGCUUCGCAGGGAGCAUGAGCCUGUAGAUAUUCAUAAAGAAAAAAGACGAGGGAGGAAAAUUAAGGCUACGAAGCACAAGCACAAACACUUCCCAAUGCAUACCAAAAUAAAAGCUACUGCUGCGAAGGAGAACAAGUUAUUUGGCCAGAACUCCAUAACAAACCAAAAAACAAUAGCAACUCCUGUUAUAGCGGAGGAUGUCGUAAUUGAGAACGACGACUACUGUGCAAGCUGCUUUCAACCUGGGGUCUUUUUAUGUUGCGAUACGUGUCCGAAAUCCUUUCAUUUUGCUUGUUGCAAUCCCCCUUUAGAUCCUGACAACUUACCAGAGGGCGAUUGGUCUUGCGAAGAUUGUCAACUGCGAAUACAAUGUUCAACUAAAGCAUCCGUCCACAAGCUCGAAAAGGAGUUUUUAGGCGAGCUUGAGAGGACGAAGGGUAUAUCUUUGUUUGGUAAACUGCUGUUUCGCGUCGAGCACGCAAAUCCCAAGCAAUUCCAACUUCCGCUAUCGAUUAGAGAGGCAUUCCUUGAUGUCAAAACAGGAUCACACGGUGAAUAUCUGGACAAUUCCUUGAAGGAGCCUUUAAACGAAAAACAGCUACUUGGUACUCCCUAUGGCCAAAGCCUUACUAGAAUGGAUCAGUACAAUCCGGAGUUACACAUGGAUCAGGAAUCUGGCAAAAUUUUGGUUUGUUACAAAUGCCGUCAAUCAAAAAUGGGAACCAUUGAUCACCCAGAAUCUGAAAGAUUGAUUAUGAGUUGCGACUACUGUGGUACACCAUGGCAUUUGGACUGCAUUCCCCGUGCCUCUUUCAAAAAUUUGGGAAGCAAAUGGGCAUGCCCGCUUCAUGCGAGUAGUUUGAUACCAUUUCGGAAACGAAGAUUAGCGCGCAAUCAGAAAACUCUCUCUCCCUCAAUACCCUGCGGUUAUGCCAAUAAUGGCGAUAUUGACGUUAUACUGGACGAGGUCUCAGCUCCAAUAUCUAAAGAGGUAUUGAAAGAAAACAAGAAAAACAAUGAGCUAGCCGUCGUUCAUCUGUCGGAAAACUCUAUCAAAUUGGACUUCGUGGACAAAAUAUAUCGGGCAAAGAAGGCCCUUAGAGAGCAGAAUCUACGUGAUCAAGACCAUCUAAUAGACAAAAUCUUAUCAUCAUGCUCCCAAAGUUAUCCCCAAUUAAACGAUGUUUCUUCUCUUCUUUAUUUCUCUCUUCAGAGCAGUCAGCACUUGAAGAAAUUAUGGGAUUUCAAGGAGCUGUGUAAGGUCGCGACAGCAGAAGCCGAGAAAGUCGACUUGGACUUUGUGGAAAUUCGGAAACUUUCUGCACUCAAAAAACUGCUGGAAUCGAAAAGUCGACGGGAGGUCAUGGACUUUUUUGGGCUCCAUGAAUAA